UUCAGAAGGGAGGCACCUCACAGAACAGUGAGGGGAGGAAUCAGACUGGGCUCUCAGGAGGGGAUGUUUCGAUUGAGCGGCUGGCGCGUUUUCCCGUGUCACAGCUAUUCCCCCCUCGUAUCACCCGUUCGUCUGCCACCCUAGAACCAGUCCUGGACUCAGAUGAAGGCAUGGAGAUUGAUGUGAUGGAGCGGAAGAAACGGCAAUCUGAAGGCACUGGGAAGGGCGGGCUUAAAAAAAGUAAGUAGACUCGACGCGUCCAUCUUUUCGUUUUUUGCUUAUGAUGAAUUUUCUCCUGGUGUCAGCAAAUGCCUGUGGUCUUCGUAGUGACCAUAAAAUUCACAACAUUAUGUGCCACACCAAGUGGGAUAUUUUGUGCUUGCAAGAAACUUGGUGGGAGGGCGAGCACAUUAAGAAAAUAGAAAAUAUGAAGCUUGGUUCGCUUCACGUGGCAUUAGGCACAUCAAGAUCUUGUGGGGUUGCCAUUUUGACGAAAUGCGGCCCCUUGGGUUAUCCCACCCUAGUGCAUGCUGACAAUCAGGGGAGAUUCAUUGUGGUCGAAUAUGAUGGACCGUUGAAGUUCCGAUUGAUUAACAUUUACGCUCCCAAUGUGGAGUUAGAUAGGAGGGACUUUUUCCUGCAUGUAUUCUCCUUUGUGACUGAUAGAACCUUGUUGAUUGGUGAUUUCAAUACAUAUCUCAGCAAACUGGAUGUCAGUGUAAAUAAUGUUUUUAGGACUGAUGUUAGCAGGAAUUGUCUUUUAGAUCUGAUGACCGGUAAUAAUAUGGUAGAAAUCUGGAGGACUUUAAAUCUAAGUCGGCCAGUUUUCUCCAGUGCGCAGGUUGUCCAAAAUGAACUGAAGCAAUCACGCAUCGAUCUCUGUUUAACAUCAGCCUCUCUUGUGCAGAAUCUGGACAGGCCACUGUACACAUGGUCGAGUCAGAGUGACCACGCUUUGCUCUCCGUUGAACUGGUACUUGGGGGAAGUCGGAGGACCGGCGGGCUUUGGGUGCUAAACAACUCCCUUCUGAAGGAUGAUUGCUACGUUUCCAGGGCUACUCCUAGCACCUGGGGUUUUCGUGAGGCCGAGAACAGCUACAAAGUUCUGGGAGUCUUGUUAGGUAAGGUUGCGGAGGUAUGUAAUAGGAAAACAUGGGAGAACAUUUUGAACAAAAUAGAAAGUCAACUUAACGUAUGGAGGUUGAGAAAUCUAACCCUGAAAGGUAAAGUCCUAGUAAUAAACGCUUUGUGUAUUUCAAAGUUGGUACAUGCCCUGACUGUUACUGAUUUGCCUGGUGACAUUUUGAGUAAGCUCAAGGCAAUUUUCAGUCGUUUCAUGUGGAAGAGAGAAAAGGGUCUGGUGAGUGAUGCUACGCUGAUAGGGGAUCAUGGAGCCGGUGGUUUGGGGUUGAUCGACAUAGACACGAAGAAGAAAUCUUUAAGGCUCAAAAUCAUCAAGAAAUGUUUGGACUUGUCCUUCACAGCCCCGUGGAAGGACUUUGUUAUACCCACCCUGCGAGGGUUGGGGAAUUAUGGUGACUUUAACCUAUGUCAAAUGUUGCCGAGGUCAUUGUUCCCCGCCCAAGAUCCUUUUGAGAGGGAGGUUCUGGAGGCGUGGUGGUCGCUCAGGCCAUGG